CGAACAGACGAUCCCUUAGCUCCCUGAAAUCUGUGAACACAUCUUGAACACGAGAGCCACAAAAGGAAAUAAAAUAAACAUUAUCGUCUAUUCACAUUCUACGAAUAGGCGAUUGAGUGUUGGGUUUUUAAACUGGACAAGGUUACAAAAUUGGGCAGGAAAAUGAGGUGAAAAGUAUUACAAAAAUAACUGAUGUAAAUACAAUUAAUUGGGCUUUGAGGAUACUGGAUCAUCCCUUCUUCCCUGAGCACUCCCUUCUCCCCUCGGGUCUGCGUUAAGGACUCAUUAAGAAACAAACGGAGCACUGACGUAUUUUGUGCCAAGGAGAUACGGAAGGUGUGUGUGCGUGUGUGCGCGUGUGUGUGUGUGUUCGGUGUGUACUUGCGCUCAAAAGUUGUUUGACUUGUAUGUCACAACUCUUGUUGUAAAAAUACAACAAGGGUGUGGGGCUGAGGGGGGCGGCCUAUUGAGGGCAGCUGGUUCUCAUUUCACCAGCGGGUCGACGCCCAUGCUGUGCCCGGCUGUGUGUGUGUGAGUGUGUGAGUGUGUGUAGUGACGACAGUUGACCGGGUUAAGCAACGCGCAAGGGCUUCCAACUUGGGAAGGAAAGGCUCCGCGAUAAUGGGGGAAGAGUAACUGAACUGGAGCUUUAACGGGAGAGGAGCACAGAGUCUGCGGUGGUCCAAUUAAAUCCCCCUUUGAGAGCCCCCUAAUUGGACGAGGCCCCGCCCACGUUUUCUCCAUACCCCUGUGGCUCCGCCCCUCUGGGAUCACCCAACGGGGCCCCCCCUGUCCUCUCCUCCUCCUCCUCUCGCUGAGACCGCCCUGUGGACCGCUAGCCCCGCCGGCGGCCUGUGAGCGGCGUGCGGCCGGGCGACGGCGUGCCAUGGCGCCCGGGCUGCGCAUCGUGUUCGGCCUCCUGGCGGCCGGCAGCCUGCCCCUCUUCUACCUGAUGAGUGUGAGCCUGGAGGUGUGGACCCCCUGGCACAUGGACCACCUGGGGCGGGCCUGGUACGCAGCCAGCCCCUCCCCCCCAAGCAGCAUUCCAGGAGAUCGCCUGGGGCCCCUUCGGCUCAACAACAGUCUCUUUGGCCAGGACCCCGGGGCCUCCAGUGUUGACCCGAGCACUGUGGCCCCAGACCCGUCCAGUCCGGGGCCAGCGCCGUCCACCACUGCUGCCGCCGGCCAGCCGCCGGCCAGGGGACCAAGGGUAACCACGUCUAGACCAGCCCCCAUUGAGCCCACUCCCAGGGUGCUGACCAGGGGACCGAGGGUAACCACGUCUAGACCAGCCCCAAUGGGGCCCACUCCCAGGGUGCUGACCUUCGAGGAGGCCUACAUUGGAGAUACGUACAGCAGAGAAGACAUCCCACCACAGACAACCUGCCCAGAUUCCAUCGCCAGGAAGUGGUCGUCAUCCGGCUUUAAUGGCAGUUUCCUGGGGACCGUUCCGGUUCUCCAGUGGGCCAAGGACGUCACGCUGCACCAGCACCAGCGCCUGAAGCAGUUUCACGGAGCCUACGGAUGGUUCUCGAUGGAUUAUGACUCGCUGAAGGCCACGCUCUCCGUCCUCAACCUCACGGCCAACCACCAGAUGUUUGACGACUGGGAGCACCGACAGAACGGCUCGCAGUGCAUCCGCUGCGCCGUGGUCGGCAACGGAGGGAUCUUGAAGGACUCCGGCAAGGGACCCGAGAUCGACGGCCACAACUACGUGUUCAGAACGAACGGGGCUAUCCUUGAUGGUUUCCAGAAGGAUGUGGGCACCCGCACCACCCACUACACCUUCUCCACCAACACUAUGAGGAAUUCCAUGGGGAGCUACCGUAGCGCGGGCUUCAGGGGGCCACCGGUGUCCAACGAGACGCGUUAUGUCUUCCUUCCUACCAGUUACCGGGACUACCUGAUGGUGAAAGCUGUCGCCACACACACACCGGUGGAGCGAGGCCAAGAUAAAUCCAAAACUCCACCAAAGUACUUCGGAGAGGACGCAACGGCGGAGAAGCUGAAGAUGCUUCACCCAGACUUUGUCCGCUACCUCAGGAACAGGUUCUUUACAGCCCAAACACUGAAGAAGAGAUACAGGGAGAUCUUCCGUCCGUCUACGGGAUCUGUGAUGCUUCUGGCUGCUCUGCACACCUGUGACCAGGUCAGCGCCUAUGGCUUCAUGACGCCCGACUAUAGCAAGUACUCGGACCACUACUUUGACAAAACCUACCACAGGGUUAUAUUCUACGCCAACCACGAGUUCCGCUUGGAGCUGGCGCUGUGGCAGCAGCUGCACAAGGCUGGCCUCAUGCGGCUGUUCAUGAGACCGUCGACCACGGGGAGCCCUCGACCAGCUACACACGGCCCCCAGAGUAACGGGACGGGGUAAUCUGGGGGCCGGAGAACCUGGCGUUUUUAGGACCGAUUGGGCAAAGACCACUGAGGUUUUUUUUUUUCCUCAAAGCUUUUUUUUUAAGAUUUUUAUUUGGUGAAGGGCUUUCCGUGUACGCAGUGGCGGUUUUGGGCACGGGCGAACCAGGCAGCCGCCCGGAGCGCCAUAUUUGUGGGGGGCGCCAAAUCACAUGGGGGGGGGGGGGGGCGCCACAAGCAAGCAAAAAAAAAAUAGAUUUUCAAUAUAGUACGUAACAUUGUGUGGAGAAUUAGUAUUGUGGCGCCCCCUCUGGCUGCAGGCGUACACCUGCUCGUUGAUACGGGUCCGUGCACAGACGGAAUGAAUCAGGGAACAUCUUUUUUAUACUGUUGAAGGACUUUCUGGGGAUGAAUCAAUGGGUGAUUUAAGGGCUUAAAACUUAGACUUGCAUUUUGCAAUUUCUGACUGUGAUUUUGAUUUCUGAAAUUUGUUACCAGGUAAAAGGCUGACCUCCAACCUGCUGGGGUUAACAAAAGUUUCAAGUAUUGUCUCGUCAUCCUUUUUGUGUUUGGUUGGAAGAACAAGAAUAGCUUUGAGGACGCUAAAAACAGACUCCAUGGGGAGUUACCCCUGGCUGAGGGGUGUGUGACAAAGAUCUGGUGCUGAUGCUAAGGACAGGAUGUGGAAAGUCUGGCAUAUCUCUAAUGCUACUUGUAGCAUCCCCAGCUGGAUAAUGAUCUGUCUCUUUACCUGAUGGCUCACAGUUUUGAGCGAACAGACGAUCCCUUAGCUCCCUGAAAUCUGUGAACACAACAAGAGCUACAAAAGGAAAGAAAAUAAAAGUAUUACCGUCUGUUCA